AUGUUUUUUGAAUUGACAAAACCCUAAAAAUCCAAAUAGAAACGAAUUAUUCCGAAUCAGUCCGAAACAAGCGGAUUCCAAAUUAUGCGAAUUCCGAACCCGGUCCACCCAAUUGGCGCCGAAUGCCAAUUUACAGUUCAAGCUGGUCACUAAAUCAGCGUGAUCAUCCUCCUUCAGGCGAAUCAGUGUAUGCAGGAGACAAAGUGACGGCUAUGGCUUCCAUAUCAGAAAUAGAAGACCCAUCACCGAGCAUACACAUACCAGAGGAAUGGUCUGAGGCCGCAGACACCAUCGCAUAUGAUUCCACCACUUCACCUCCUCCUGUCGCCUUAAUCUGUGGCGCUAAGAACUGUGGCAAGACCAUCUUUUCUCGUUAUCUCCUCAACAAUCUACUCCAGAGAUAUAGAAAGGUAGGCUAUUUGGAUACAGAUGUUGGGCAGGCUGAGUUUACUACUCCUGGCUUUUUAUCCCUCACGGUGGUUGACAAACUAACCUUAGAUUUGACCAUUCCAUGUCUAAAGACACCUGAAAGAUGCUUUUUCUUUGGAGAUGUUUCUUCAAAAAGAGAUCCAGCCAUGUACCUGAAAUACAUAUCAAUGCUGUAUGACUACUAUCGGAAGGAGUACUGUGCAUUUAAUAAUGGUGAAUGCCCUACAAAGGCCGAAUUGCCUCUUGUUGUGAAUACACCUGGCUGGGUAAAAGGUGUUGGUUAUGAUAUAUUGGUGGAUAUGGUGAAAUUUAUUGCUCCUACCCAUGUAGUUAAGAUAAACACGUCUUCUGAAAGAAAGAAUCUACCAGCUGGAGCAUUCUGGUUAGAUGAUGAUGACCCUGGUGAGGUUAAUCUAAUUGAGAUCAGUUCAAUUCGUCAAGACUCCUUUAGCAGAUCGACACUAGUGCAAAAGGAUGCACGCCUUUUGAGAGAUUUACGAAUUAUGGCUUAUUUUAGACAGUGCUUUUCAAGUAGUUUGAAUAUCACAACAAUCAAGGAACUUGCGGGUGCUCUAGCCUCUCACCCUCCUUAUCAAGUUCCAAUACAAAGUAUCAGGAUCAGACAUCUUCAUUGCCAGGUUCCUGAUACUGAAAUCUUCUACAGUUUGAAUGCAAGCAUUGUUGGUUUGGCAGUUAGUUCUGAACAGUUCGAAAAUUUACCUUGGUGUGUUGGUCUUGUAACUGGCGUUUAAGCAAAAUUGGGAUCAGUGUAGAGGUGAUGCUGGCGUCAUUUGACCUGGUUGAUAAAUGUCCAAUAUCAAAUUGAUAGAGGCUGGCACGGACUCAUAUCAGAAGUUCAGUACACUAUGUUUUUCAUUUUUCCAGAUAUCACCUAGGCAUUUUAUUAGGUUUUGAUAUAUACACUUCCAAAGUUGCUUGUUAUUGAUAUUUCUUGGAAAUCUGUCGUAGUGGUCACUAUAAGCGUAAUUUAUUGACAUGUAAUUUCAAAUUAGCUAUGUAAACAUCUAUUCUUUCCAUAUAUUGUUCCCCAAUAUGGACUAUCUCCUUCAAAAUUAAGCUCAGGAAAUUCUCAUCCAUCAUUAUGAACACCCAAUUAUGGGUUUUAGGGUUUCAGGAUAGGGCUGUUGAAGAACAUCAUGCCAAUGAGACAACUUGCAAAAACUAGAGAACUUACUCAUUUAUAUUGUCAGACUGUAUAUAAAUGAGAGAAAUCCACUGGAAAUGGACUUGGUUGCAUGGAUUACAGCAGUCUAUUGUAUUCAAAAUAUUCUCUCUUCCAUUUUUUCAUGGUUGUAAUGAAUUA